UUUCAUUCCUUCUCGUGCAAGCUCUGUGAGAGCUCAGUCCGCCCAUCAUGGCUACCACUUCGCACAUGUUCAUGUACUCCUUGACGAUCCAGCCUCCCACUGCUGUGACUCAAGCUAUUCUGGGCCAAUUCGCCGGAACCAAGGAGCAGCAAAUCGUCACAGCGUCCGGCUCCAAGCUGACGAUUCACCGCCCCGAUCCUACACAGGGCAAGGUCACUCCGCUCUUUUCACAGGAUGUCUUCGGCAUCAUUCGCUCUCUGGCAGCUUUCAGGCUAGCUGGUAGCAAUAAAGAUUAUAUUAUCAUUGGCUCGGAUUCUGGACGCAUUACCAUCAUCGAGUAUGUCGCAGCGCAGAAUAGAUUCCAUAGGAUUCAUCUGGAGACCUUUGGCAAGUCCGGCGUUCGUCGAGUGGUUCCGGGCCAGUAUCUAGCGGUCGACCCUAAGGGUCGAGCCUGCAUGAUGGCGUCGGUAGAAAAGAACAAGCUUGUCUAUGUUCUGAAUCGGAACUCGCAGGCCGAGCUGACGAUCUCUUCACCGCUUGAGGCUCACAAGCCACAGACACUGGUCUUUGCCAUGUCCGCUCUGGAUGUAGGAUAUGAAAACCCCAUCUUUGCGGCACUGGAGGUGGAUUAUUCCGAGUCGGAUCAGGAUCCGACUGGACGUGCUUUCGAAGAGAUCGAGAAGCACUUGGUGUACUAUGAGCUGGACCUCGGUCUCAAUCACGUUGUACGCAAGUGGUCUGAUCCCGUUGAUCGCACGGCAUCCUUACUUUUCCAAGUCCCUGGCGGUGCAGAUGGCCCCAGCGGUGUUCUGGUCUGUGGGGAAGAUAGCGUCACCUACCGUCACUCGAAUCAAGAUGCCUUCCGCGUGCCUAUUCCGCGGCGCAAGGGUGCCACUGAAAACCCCGAGCGCAAACGGCAUAUCACCGCCGGUGUCAUGCACAAGAUGAGAGGAGCAUUCUUCUUCCUUUUGCAGUCUGAUGACGGCGACCUUUUCAAGCUCAACAUUGACAUGGUUGAGGACGAUAAUGGUCAGCUCACAGGCGAAGUGAGACGGCUCAAGAUCAAGUACUUUGACACCGUUCCUGUCGCUUCCAACCUGUUGAUUCUCAAGAGCGGUUUCUUGUAUGUGGCAAGCGAAGCUGGUAAUCAUCACUUCUACCAGUUUGAGAAGCUGGGAGAUGAUGACGAGGAGAUUGAAUUCUCCAGCGAGAACUUCAAUCCGGAUCCUACAGUGGCCUGUGAUCCUGUCUACUUCCAGCCAAGAGCCGCAGAGAACCUCAAUCUAGUGGAGACAAUCAAUUCGCUGAAUCCGCUGAUCGACAGCAAAGUUGCGAAUUUGACGGAAGACGACGCUCCUCAGAUCUAUACGAUAUCUGGCACAGGCGCUCGCAGCACCUUUCGAACGCUGAAACACGGUCUAGAGGUGUCUGAGAUCGUUGAGUCUGAGCUUCCCAGCGUCCCAUCUGCGGUGUGGACCACGAAGCUGACUCGCGCGGAUGAGUUCGAUGCCUACAUUAUUCUUUCAUUCGCCAACGGCACACUUGUGCUCAGCAUCGGCGAGACAGUUGAAGAAGUGACCGACACAGGUUUUCUUUCCACUGCCCCAACGCUUGCUGUUCAACAACUUGGCGAGGACUCGUUGAUUCAGAUCCACCCUCGUGGUAUCCGACACAUCCUGGCCGACCGACGGGUAAACGAGUGGCCUGCUCCCCAGCACCGGUCAAUUGUGGCAGCGACUACAAAUGAACGCCAAGUUGCUGUUGCUUUGAGCUCUGGAGAAAUCGUGUACUUUGAAAUGGAUGCGGACGGUUCCCUUGCUGAGUACGAUGAACGUCGUCAGAUGACCGGUACUGUCACCUGCCUGAGUCUAGGUGAGGUUCCAGAGGGUCGUGUUCGUAGCUCGUUCCUCGCGGUCGGGUGUGAUGACUCGACUGUGCGUAUCCUGAGCUUGGACCCAGAUACUACGCUGGAAAGCAAAUCUGUUCAGGCUCUUACUGCGGCCCCGUCGGCUCUGAACAUCAUGUCGAUGGCGGACUCUAGCUCUGGAGGCACGACGCUGUAUCUGCACAUCGGACUACACUCGGGUGUUUACCUCCGAACAUUGCUUGACGAGGUUACUGGUGAAUUAUCAGAUACUCGUACACGAUUCUUGGGAUCCAAGGCCGUCAAGCUGUUCCAGGUUUCUGUCAAGGGACAGACUGCAGUUCUUGCGCUCAGUUCUCGUCCUUGGCUGGGCUACUCGGAUGUCCAAACAAAGGGCUUCAUGCUUACACCACUUGACUAUGUUGGGCUCGAAUGGGGCUGGAACUUUUCGAGUGAACAGUGCGUGGAAGGCAUGGUUGGUAUUCAAGGACAGAAUCUGCGGAUUUUCUCCAUUGAGAAGCUCGACAACAACAUGCUACAGCAGUCAAUACCACUUGCAUACACCCCGCGACGCUUUGUGAAGCACCCAGAGCAGCCGCUAUUCUAUGUCAUCGAGUCGGACAACAAUGUCCUUGCUCCUGCCACGAGAACACAGCUGCUCGAGGAUGCCAAAAGCCGUGGUGAAGAUGUAACUGUCUUGCCACCGGAAGAAUUCGGUCAUCCUCGAGGCUCUGGUCACUGGGCCUCUUGCAUCCAGGUCGUCGAUCCCUUGGAAGCUAAAUCAGUUAUCUAUACCGUGGAACUUGAAGAAAACGAGGCCGCAGUCAGCGUUGCAGCAGUUCCCUUUACCAGUCAGGACGAUGAGACGUUCUUGGUUGUUGGAACUGUCAAAGACAUGACGGUCAACCCUCAGUCUUCUGCCGGAGGGUACAUCCACAUCUACCGUUUCCAAGAAGACGGUAAAGAGCUGGAGUUUAUCCACAAGACCAAAGUUGACGACCCUCCUCUUGCCCUUCUUGGAUUCCAAGGCCGUCUUAUCGUCGGUCUUGGGUCUUUGCUGCGAAUUUAUGACCUCGGUAUGAAGCAACUUCUCCGCAAGUGUCAGGCGCCGGUUGUGCCUACGACCAUCGUCGGUCUGCAGACCCAAGGAAGUCGGAUUGUUGUUAGCGAUGUCCGCGAGAGUGUCACGUAUGUCGUCUACAAAUACCAGGAGAAUGUUCUGAUUCCUUUCGUGGAUGACUCGCUCUCCCGCUGGACAACCACCACUACGAUGGUUGACUACGAGACAACUGCUGGUGGUGACAAAUUUGGCAAUCUCUGGCUGCUGCGCUGUCCCAAGAAGACUUCCGAGGAAGCGGAUGAGGAUGGCUCGGGUGCCCAUCUGAUUCACGAACGUGGUUAUCUGCAUGGAACCCCUAACCGCCUGGAGUUGAUGAUCCAUGUCUACACCCAGGACAUUCCGACCAGCUUGCAUAAGACGCAGCUGGUGGCGGGAGGACGCGACAUUCUCGUCUGGACUGGUUUCCAAGGCACCAUUGGAAUGCUGGUUCCCUUCAUCAGUCGGGAGGAUGUCGACUUCUUCCAAAACCUGGAGAUGCAGUUGGCUGCACAGCACCCUCCUCUCGCUGGUCGGGACCACCUGAUCUACCGCAGCUACUAUGCACCCGUCAAGGGUGUCAUUGACGGAGAUCUGUGUGAGAUGUAUUUCUUAUUGCCUAAUGACACGAAGAUGAUGAUUGCCGGUGAGCUUGAUCGCUCCGUGCGCGAGAUCGAGCGCAAGAUUUCGGACAUGCGCACCAGGGUGGCUUACUGAUUUUGAUACGAUGGAGAUUCUUGGCGUCUAAUCGGGAUAAUGUCGUGUAUGCGGGUUCCUAGAUACCCAUAAUUGAUCGCAAUGCCCAUCAUCACUUGUACAGUUUUCG